UCUCAGCAUGGUACAAAUUACUAAUAUCGGAAUCCCUGAUAAUGAAUGAACCACUUCACUGAACACUGUUGAGACACUCACCAUGACUGGCUUGACCACUACUGCAGCCUUAUACAAACUACAUCAUGGUAUCAAAAAAGGACUUGAAGUGCACACAAAAUAUUCAGUGUCCCCUUUCCUUACUUGGUCUUUUUUUUCAGGUGUCAUACUCUUUAUGAUUUGGGUGGCAGUUUGUGGACUCUACCAAAAAAUGUACAUGUAUGUAUCUGUAACAUUGGGAUUCCUACUUUUGCUGACAGCAAUAUUAUUUUUAAUUGAUACACUGUUAGCUUACAGAGAAAAGGCUGAUUCGAUUGCAGACAUUCUUAACAUAAUACAGGCAUACAAUGUUACGCAACAAGAUGUACCAAGAAGCAGUGCUAGUUGUAGCAAAUUUGGGUUCUACCUCAAUGAAACCUAUCCUAGUAGUACAAGUGUAUCAGUUCAGCGAGUUUACCGUAACGGGAAGGUAGUGAGCGUGGGUCAGACGUUACUGGUACAGGGGGACAUCAUUCUCCUUAAUCAAGGAGAACAGGCACCUAGUGACUGCAACUCCUUAUCUGGAGAAAUAUCUUUGAAAAAGGGAGACAUAUUCAAUGAUAAAAAGGAUUUUGCUGAUACUGAAGUGAAGGAAUGUGUGAUCGAACAGGCGAAGUUACCGACCCUGUUUUCUGUCUCUAAAACAGAGUAUCAGACGUUGGUGAAGGAGUUCCUCAACAAAGUCAGACUUCCCAGCAAACUUCAUCUGGAGAUACGGAGUAUUCUCAACAUUAUCAAUUACAUCGUCUUACCUUCUGUUUUGUUUGCAAGUGCGCUAGCAGGGUUUCUACAGUACAGUAAUAUGGAGAGAAGUAUAGAGAGUAGCACAGCAAGUGUUUUAGUAACAUUACUCCCUCUACUUCCCACUAUUUACCCGUUGUACUACACAAUGGUGUACUAUGUGAGCACAGCGAUUGUGAUCAGUGCUAGUUACGAUACAGAGCGCAGUGCUACGCACGACCCCAUGAAGACUCCUGACAACACUAGUAACCACGUUAACAUAAAAGAACUGAAGACAACAAAACAGAUCCUGCACCUAACCUACAAGAUACUUGUGGGUCAACUUUACCGCUGUCUCCCACGCAACAGCAACAUAUUCGACACGCUUUCUGCUGUCACUGUGUUGUGCACUGUGAACAAAGAAGGUAUCCUCUCCAGACCUAACCCUCAUGUAGAACGCAUCAUGUUGCUGGAUCCUUAUUUGCCUGAAUCUCUCCCUGAAGGCAAACCUGACAGUCCAGGUUUGGAGCCAGUACAGGAGGUGUCAAUAGUACAGACACAGUCAAUUAUAUCAAUUACUGACAGAUCUCGACUAUUAUCUACUACAAGUGACUCGGACUGCAAAACUGAAGGAGACCCGCUUUUGACCCGAGUAAACACCAGCUCCCUCCCAAAUAUUCACUCUCAAUCGGAAGGCCCCGUCAAAAAGGUCAGAUCACUCCAGAACUCACUUCGGGACUCUAAGUUCUCAAUCGACGGAUCUGCGUAUCGGAAACUUUCCGAGGAGGCGGAAAGGAGUGACGUACUGGAGUCAGGCGAAUCGGUGUCUCUCGAAACCGAAGACAUCCAGAUCAAUAUAUCCGAAAAAAUCCCAAACGACAGGAAAUCCUGGCUGCCGAGGAUGGUAGCUGGGAGAAGGCUACCAGGUAUGCGCAGUCGGUGUAAGAGUGAGAGAGCUGACGGGGGUCAUACAGAAGUUGAGGUGAUGGAGUCUCCUAUGUUAUCAGGCUCCGAAAGUAAAGUGAAAAAAAAGAGAAAGCAUUUCUGGCAGAUGAUGAAGAUUCCCCGGUACAGGACGCUCCUGCCGGAAACAGAGCAGGAGGCAACAGAAUUUCAAAAUGAAGAGUCUUCGUCUUUGAAAGAGGACUUUAUCGUCGUGCUAAACGUGUCUCUUUCCAAACAUUCACCAUUCGGGCUGACAUUCGACUGUAAAGACAUGGUCCACUUGCUGGGUAGUUUGAAGCCAGUGGGGCUAGCUGUGCUACUCAACAACACGUGUCAUGACGUCAGAAGUAUGACGUCAUCGCAUCUGCAAUACAUCAGCGUACAACACUACUGCGGACUGACCUUCAAACUUCCCCUCCCCACUGACUACUGUAACUGUGUUAUUGGACGAGAAAUAGGUUUCACGAGGAGCGUGAUACAGCAGUACCAGAAAAUAAGCACCAUAGUCACGUACGUCCCAUGUGAUAACACGCGGAGAACACAACGUAAUCCUGUUGAUAACAUGACCCCGUUAACUUGUGUCGUCAGCAGUGUCGUCAGGGACAAAGUCACAGGUCACCGGCACAUCAUGAGUUACGGAACGGCCCCCUUCAUUCUGAAGUGCUGUACAGACUACUGGACGGGUAAGGAGGUAUUAGAGCUACAACCGGAACACCGAGCCAGAGUCCUGGAGUUCUACAACCAGAACAGACUGACUUGUCAUUGUUCGGUUGUCUCGUACAGACCGCUUCUCAGUCAGGAGAUAGCUCCACAACAUGAUGUCUUCUUAUCACUUCCUAAAGGUUACAGUUUUCUAGACGAGCUGUGUACCUCUCCCCUCGACCCUGGAGAGAACCUCCUUAAACUACAAUCAGGACAGACUCUGUUGGGUGUUCUCUGUGCUCAGUUCCAGCCAAAACACGACAUAGUCAGCACCAUCGAGAGUCUGGUAUCUGCCAACAUCCGCUUCGUCCACUUCUCGUACGACAACGAGCUGCGGAGCAGGGCCUUCGGUACUAAACUGGGCCUGGAAACAGGCUGGAACUGUCACAUAUCCCUUGCUGAAGGAGACUUUGAUAACUUCUCAGUGGACUCGGAUUCUAACAGUGCUGAGGCGGAAACCUUCCACUUUUACUACUGCAAAGCUCGCCUCCCCCAGGGCAUCAAAAACAUCCGACCCCACCUGGUAAACGUGGAUAACGUCCCACUUUUAGUGCCACUUUUCACAAGCUGUACUCCAACGGCUAUAAAGGAGAUGAUCUGUAUAAUGCAGGAGAACCACGAGCUGGUUUGUUGUAUUGGCAGCUCCCUCCAGGUCAACAAUUUCGGUAUCUUCCUACAGUCGGAUUCAAGUCUGGGCAUGAUACCUCACCUUCCUCAGAACUGCCUUAUUUCAGGUAUCAAGGACAUGAGUGUACCCUGGGAGGGUGGAAACUACCGCUCUCCUCCAGACUCAGACCAAGUAAACUGUCUCCACCUAACCUCCAUCCUCAACACCCUGCCCUGCAGUCUGGUAGUGUCACGUGACAGCUGCAAACCUGCCGCGCUCAUCCGAGCAGCACGUGGCAUGUCUGUUGCGGUGAAGCAGUCUGGUCACGUGACUAUCAGCUUGUAUUGUGCUGUAAGCUUGUGGGCGCUGUGCCACCAGGUUGUCCUGCUGCCUCCACCUGUCUCUCUGCCUCAGUGUUUGUUCAUAUGUCUUAUCAUCAAUCCUAUCCUUGCUUCAACUCCUUUCUCUCUUAAACAGGACAGUAAGAUAAUGAACCUACAUACUGGUAAAAGAGAAGCGUGUAUAAGAGGAAGUGCCGUAAGACACCUAAAACACUUUGUGUUACGGUGGGGAGGGUUGCUACUAACAUCGCCUCUAGCUACUGCCUUCUCUCUAAAACUACUUUGUACAGAACCCUGCUCCCUGUUCCUUGGAACUAAAGGUACAGAAAGGUUCGACAAGGAUUCCACCCAUCUGGUCCAGUCCUACAACUGUAUUCUUAUCACAGUCCUCUUAUCGCUACACUCCUUCAUCUUCUCUCACAGGACAAAACCUGUUAACUUGACAUACUUCCUUCACACUGCCACUAAAUGGACUUACAUCCUUCCCCUUAUUAGUUGCAUGCUGGCAGUUUUGGCGGUUCUAGUGAGUGGUGGAUUAUCAGGUCCCCCUCCCUACCCUUUAAUAAUCAUCCUCCUCUCAAUCCCCCUCAUACACACUGGAACUGCUCUACUCAGUAAAAAGUACGAUCAAAAAAUCUGGACUAGGGAUCAGAGAAGACAAAAGUUAAAGUUCGGUACGAAACUCGGCAUGAACUCACCGUUCUAGACUCUAGAGGGCCUUUAAUUAGGGAUUAGGAUAUGGAUAUGCACAGCAUUCAGGCUGCAGAGUGUUAUAAUUAUUUGUGUGUCGAAACAGACAUCUCUCUGGUAUGUGGUAAUACCAUUCGAUAUUUGAUUUCUGUACGAACAAUGGGUUAUGUUUAAAUGUUCACAUAUUUAUACUUUAAUUUUCCUGAUUGAUCUCAGUUUCGUUACGUUAUACUGUAUACGCCUUUGCGACUGAUUUAUAAUAUACUUAAUGUUUUGAUGUAUGACUAUAACUAUUUAUUUAUUUUAUUUUGUAAAUAUUUUUUGAUUUGAAACAAAUUUUUAAA